AUGCUCGCAGCGCUCUUAUCUCUAGUGGUGCUCGCGGCGGCCCUUCCUCGCCACGAGUCCUCAUCCUCCCCGUUCCACGGCGGAUUCGGCGCAGAUUUCCACCUCCGUGGCCCCGUCGCCGCCGCCGACGGUGCUUUCCGCGACGAGAACCUUCCGCGAUGGAACGCAUCUGGCGGUGGGACCUUUACACCGUUCCGUAACUACUUCAAGCGCAAGUACCCGGGCGGCUGGCUGGCGGCGGGGCCAAUAAGGAAGGGAAGGGCUGGAUGUACCCAGGCGGCUGUACUUGACUCGCUUGCCUUGGCUAUUCCCUCACCAGCCCAGCUGCCUUGGAAUAUGGAGAUCGACCCGGGUCAUUACUUCCAGUAUAUCCUGCACCUUUACCGAGGGCUACAAUCCCUCUCAGGUGGAGAGCUACUACAUGGCGGACCACCGCAGGCCAUUGCUCACAUCCGCUGUCCAUCCCUGCCGCCCCAUCCCUGCCGCCCGGUCCAGGUGGAGAGCUUUUACGGGACGGUCCCCUACUACGAAGGGCUGUUCUACGCCGCUAUCUUCCGUGCUGACAAGGCGUGGCCAGAAGCCAGCAGCACACGGGUGGAAUCCGUGUUUGGCGUCCCUUACAACGCAACUUACUGCUGUGGGCCCUCUUCAAGGUGGCAGCAGCUGGCGGACCAGGGCCUCGCUCCUGUGAGUGUAUCUGUCACGCAGGACCCUUCCACCCAGCAAGUGACUGUAACGGAUGCAUGGCUCAAUGACACCAGCGGGGCCUGGCAGGGCGGGGUGGGCAUGACACAGGUGCAGCUGGAGCAGGCCUUAGCUCAGCUGCCGCCUUCCCUGGUUCCCACCUACUUCAAGGCGUACACUGUUGGGAAUGAGGUGAGAAGGGGAGGCGCACUGCUGUGCGCAUGCUUGGAGGGGAGGUGA